ACUAUCCAGCUGUGUUCCUGAUAAACGUUUAUCGACCGGCAACAGCAACCCCGCGAGCAGUCAAGACACACCAGGCAGCGCAUAAGUUACAGGCAACAUGGCCUUUUUGUUUGGCCGCAGCAAGGCCAGGUCCAACCAGGAGUUGACCCGGUCGACGAAAGAUCUGAUGCUGAAGCUGAUUGCUGAGGAUAAGCCUUCACAAAAGGUAGCCGACCACUACGACUCGAGCGGACUGGACUGGGCUGACGACGGUCAGAUCGAGGAAGAAGUGGCACGGAACCUUGGCCAGAUGAAGGUCAUUCUUCAAGGCACGCCCGAACUUGACGUCAGCCCCGACCAGGUCUUCCAGCUUGUCAACCUCCUCGUCACCGAAGAUCUGUUACGAGUCCUCGCCGAAAACAUCCACCGUCUGCCUUUCGAAUCGCGCAAAGAUACACAAACCAUCAUCUCCAACGUCUUGCGAUACAAGCAACCCGGGGAAGACCAACCGAUCGCCCUUCAAUACAUCAUCACCACACGUCCCGAAGUCAUCAUCGCGCUUUGCAAUGGCUACGAUCGUCGCGAAAGCGCAAUGCCCUGUGGAGGAAUACUGAAAGAGGCUUUGAAACACGACGCGGUCACUGCGUUGAUUCUCUACGAUGAGCCCAGCCUACACGGUCAAUCCUUGGACCUUGGCAGCAUUGACACAGACCAGCCUGCAUCGGGCCAGGGUGUAUUCUGGAAGUUCUUUGAUUGGAUAGACAAGAGCUUGUUUGAAGUUAGCACAGAUGCUUUUGACACGUUCCGCCAAAUCCUAGUUCGACACAAGCCCAUGGUGGCUAAGUACAUUGACACUAACUUCGAUCUUUUCUUCGACAAGUACAACAACGUACUCAUCAAGUCAGAGAGCUACGUAACUAAACGCCAAUCCAUUAAACUGCUCGGCGAAGUCCUGCUGGACCGCCAGUUUUACGAGAUAAUGACACGCUAUGUCGAGUCCGGCGACAAUCUUAAGCUCAUAAUGUGGCAGUUGAAAGAUGAUCGUAAGAUGGUGCAGUAUGAAGCCUUUCAUGUCUUCAAGAUCUUUGCUGCGAACCCGAACAAGUCGCCAGAUGUCAAGCGUCUAUUGACUAUGAACCGUCAACGACUGCUGGAUUUCUUACCAAACUUCUUGGCAGACCGUACCGAGGACGACCAAUUCUCGGACGAGAAAAGUUAUCUUAUCAAGCAGAUCAAGCUGUUGCCCUCUUCACCGGGCCAGCAACCGCGCACCGCGAGCCAGGAGUCAUCGAGAUAGGGUCUUGUUGCCGGACAGUCGCGAAGUCGAGAUCAAGAGCUAGCAAGAACCAUCGCGAAUAUGGAGUUCAGGCGCAAGCUCGAAGCUGCGACCGCUAAGAGACUGGUACGGAAGGAGC